GAGACAGCUUCUGAGUUCGAACUUACCAUUUGAAACUGUUAAUAUUAAUUCAUUUUUACAAUGUUCCGUCCAACGAUGAUUUUGUUAGCUCUGAUGGUUAGUAGCAUCUGUUUAGCAGCAGCCAUUCCAGUGGAAUUUGCCAAUCCAGAAGAAGCUCCAAAACCGAUAGCCGCACCUGUUCAAUAUGCAAAUCCAGAAGGUGGUGCAAAACCGGAAGGAGCUUUAAAACUAGGAGAAUCUACAGAUCCUGAGAAAAAACUGGAAGUUGGUGAGAGAUUCUUUGGUGGUCUUGGUGGUCUUGGUGGCCUUGGUGGCAUUGGUGGACACCAUGGCUUAGGCCAUCUUGGUGGUUUAGGCCAUCUUGGUGGCUUGGGCACCGGUCUUGGUGGCUUAGGCAGUAUUGGCGGACUCGGAUAUCCAGGGAUCAUAAAUCCAUACUUAGGAUAGGUGUUGUAUCAUUAUAUAAAUUUAAUCUUCGAUUGUGUUAGAAUAAAAUGGUAUUUCUUCCAGCUAAAGUG